UCUGGUUCAGUCAGUCCCACAUACUCAUCAUCCACAGCAGCAGAGGAACCAAAAUACCGAGUUUCUCCCGUUUGAUUUGAUUAAAUUAAAUCGUUCGGUUGAUUGAGUUUUGUAGCUUUUUGUGUUCGCAGCGAGUUCAAAAUGUUUGCCCGAUAUUCGUCCAGCAUUGCUCGUUCCGUCCAGCUUCGCCGGUUCCAAAGUACGCUGGUCCUGGCCGAGCAUAGCAAUGACGUCCUGAACCCGGUUACGGCCAGCGCGGUGACCGCAGCCAAGCGGCUGGGCGGAGACGUGACGGUUCUCGUUGCCGGAACCAAGGUUGGACCCGUUGCCGAGGCGGCCGCCAAGCUGGACGGAGUGGCCAAGGUGCUCGUAGCCGAGGGUGAUGUGUUCAAGGGACUGUUGGCGGAAUCCGUCACUCCGCUGGUUCUGGCCACCCAGAACCAGUUCAAGUUCACCCACAUCGUGGCUGGAGCGUCCGCGUUUGGAAAGGCCGUGCUGCCGCGGAUCGCUGCCAAGCUGGACGUUUCGCCCGUGUCGGACAUUAUCGACAUCAAGUCGGCGGAUACCUUUGUGAGGACGAUCUAUGCGGGUAACGCCAUCCAAACGAUCAAGAGCAAGGACCCCGUCAAGGUGAUCACCGUUCGCGGAACUAACUUCGAACCGGCCGCUUCGUCCGGAAGCGGCACCGUCGAGAAAGCCCCUGAGGGUGACUUCAAGAGUGUCUCGACUGAGUUUGUCAGCCAGGAGCUGACCAAGUCCGACCGGCCCUCGCUGACCGCCGCCAAGAUCAUCGUGUCGGGCGGCCGUGGCAUGAAGUCCGGCGACAACUUCGAGAUGCUGUACGACCUGGCCGACAAGUGGGGCGCUGCCGUGGGUGCUUCGCGUGCCGCUGUUGAUGCUGGAUUCGUCCCGAACGAUCUGCAGAUUGGCCAAACGGGCAAGAUUGUGGCGCCGGAGCUGUACGUGGCGGUUGGAAUUUCCGGGGCGAUUCAGCACUUGGCCGGUAUGAAGGACUCGAAGACGAUCGUGGCGAUCAACAAGGAUCCGGAGGCUCCGAUCUUCCAGGUUGCCGACUACGGACUGGUGGCCGAUCUGUUCAAGGUCGUGCCGGAGAUGAACGAAAAGUGUUGAGUGGGCAUUGGCGCGCGCGCGCAAGUUAGUUUGUAAAUAUCUCCCCUCCACAGACAACCAGACAAUCGGAAGCUUUGAUUCGGGAUCGUUCGGAGUAGAUUGUGUAACAACACUCUUUCCGAAAUAAAAUUGUUUGAAAACUGAUGCAUUUCCUCAGAGUAUGUAAUAAAGGUGUGAUUUUGUAUGGCUAAACAA